CUCCUAAGCGACGGUAUAAGCAUAGAGCUAUGAACUGUUGGUAGUGCGGAUAUAGUGAACGUAUUACAAGCAACUGAAGUAGACGAUAUCAACAUUGAAACAGAUCAUUUAGUACACCAUACCUGGAUGACAAAUAUAAACAAAGCAAAGGAUAAAGUCUGGGUGAUGGAUUAACAAAAUAAACCAGGAAUUUAUAAAUAAUUUAAUAAUUUACAAUAACCAUUCUACUUUACAAGAAGAUGCGUUUGUAGAAUAAUUUUGAGCCUUAUUCAUUUAUAUACAAGCUCCAUCACAAACGGAAAAUGUCGGUGGCCGUUCAGAAUAUUGCGGAAGGACAAUUCUUUAGCAAGGGAAAGAAAAGAAGAAAGUCAAAACAUAAACUAAAGCCACGAGCCGAAGACCUGGCCCAUCUUGGACGGAGUAGGGUACUAGGUCGCUUGGUCAAGCAAGAGGUCAUCAAGUUGAAUUCCCGUGGGGGCAUUACUGGGAUUUUGGAAAGUAGGGGGAAAUCGAGGGGAACAGUGGGUACACUCGAGAGUCGGGGUAAAUCUCGCGGGGGACAGGGAAAUGGAUUGUCUAAAUCCAUGUCCAGCCUUGAUGGUGUACAACUCAAACGAGGGAACUUACACAAGGAAAGAUCGUUUAUGACUCAGGCUGAGAGCAAUUUAUCACUGAACAAUGUAGGAGAUCUCCCAUUGAAGCGUAUGAGCAAAUUGACUCUAAAAUCCAAGUUAGAAUACAACACCAAUCAACGCCGUAGAGCUCGACCGAGUGUACAAUUCGAACUUUCACCCGGCCCUGAUGAUGAUACAUUUACUGGGUACGAGUUUCCAGAUGGCUCUGAAUUUGAUGAAACUGAUGAAAUGGAUGACGAAUUGUUGUCCCCUACAAGGACAACGACGAGAGCACAUAGCAUUAGAAGUGCAAGGACCAAUUCGAUCACCGGAUCCCAUUCUCCAAGGAUCCCAAGCCAAGGAUCUAAUCCCAACGAACUCUCCCCUAGACGGAGACAUUCAAUUCGGAGACUGUCGAAAGUCUCCGAUAGCAGUGGCCCGAAAAUCUUCAAACUUCACCAGGGAUUUCAUGAUAUAAUGGGCACUAUAGCCCGACGAAAGAGCGUCAUGCGGAAGAUGGCGAGGAAGGGGUCUUUAGCACAAGAAAACGGAGACCAAGACGCUGAAACUAAUAUAGUAAACGCGAUAGAACAUGAAGUUGAGAACGACUGGAUAUUAAGAGAAGCUCAGAGGAAAAGUCAGGAAGAAUUUGAUAAGAGAAAUGCCUCUUUGAGGAUUGUACGAUUAACAGAUGAUGACCCCCUUCUGCCAAUACAAAAGCGAAUGCAAGAGGUGCACGAGAUGGUCAGACCAAAGAGAGAGGUGGAAAAUAUCAUGCAACAAGUAAAUGAAGAGUCAAGGAAGAUGAUAAUGGAUAUGGGGAACCUCGCAUACAGUGAAUUCAGACGCCAGAGGAGAAAGGACUGGACGCUGAAGGAUAGGUUCAGAUAUGCCGCCAGAAUGGCACUGAUGCUUUGUAAGGCGUUUAUGUUUAGAAAAAAUUAUUACAUUGCCGAGAAAGCAGGGGUGCCAGGAAAGACAAAGACGCAGAAUGAGACAAUAACAGAGGGGAUGGCCAAACUCCGAUCUAGCAAGGCAAGCGUUGGGCAGGAGAUGGAAUGGGCAUUAACGACCCAACCAGAGUUUAGGUCAAACAAGCAGCAUGCGAAAGCAAUGUGGAUGCUAAGAGCAACUAAAGCUUUCAAAAGCCUCUUUCCGGCUGAAAUGGAAGGAGAACUGGGACGACUAUUGGCAUAUGAGAGGUAUGACGAUGGUAGGAUAAUUGCCAAGCAAGGUGUUCCUCCGCAGAGGUUCUAUUACUUUCUCACUGGUCGAGUGAACAAAAUGAGGCAUUACAAACUAAACAAUGGUGUAGUGACAAAGGCUAUGGGUCAUCUCGGAAAAGGGAUGACAACUGAUGCUGAAGAGAUGGAGAGAGAAUGGCGUCUUGAGUAUGAUCUUGUGUGCAAGGGACCCGUUGAAGUUCUAAUCUUAGAUAAAGAGUCAUUUAUGUACCUAUUAAACACAACACAAGGCCCUCCCAUAGAUUUUCUCAGAACCAUUGACCUUUUCCAAGAGUUUCCUGUUGAGGAAUUCCGCUGCAAUCUCGACACAAUAGAAUGCAGAUACCACGCGCCCAAUAAAAUGGUAGUUAAGGACGCCAACAGGACGCCAUGGUUACACAUAGUUAAAUCGGGGUUUGUUAAAGUGAUACGAAUACAAAAUGUGAUAGAUACAAGACAGGACAAUCUAUUUGACACCCAGAAUGAACAAGAAAUGGGCAGUGGAAAAUCCUUUAGUCAUGCCGAUGCAAUGUUAGGAGUGAUGGCCAAACAAAAGAAAAUGAAAACAAUGCUUAGUCUCCCAGAGAUAUCUACCAUUAAAGAUAAUAAUAUUGUGUCAAAUCCUUAUGGAAGUACACUCGGGCUUGAUGUGCCAAAUCUUCAAAAUGACCAAAAAGUUCAUAGAAAACACAAGAGAAAUAAAAGUGAUAACAUGAUACCUAAAAAACUAUCUAGAAUAGAGCAAUUACGGAAGCUGACAACAAUACAGAAGAGUCUACCAGAUAAACCACAAACUGCUGAAUCUACGUAUAGGAAAAGUCCGAUGUCACCAAUUCAAUCUUUGUUGGAACCUACCAGAUCGAGUCAAACAUCAACUCCUAAAGAACAAAGCACAUUCCUUGAAAAUCCAGCCAUUAAGGUGUCGUCUGCUGAUGAUGUCAUGACAUCAGCGCCCUCUAUAGUCGAUGAUAUAAACCCACUUUUGGUGAUUGAUGGUGCCUCACCCAGUCAAACACCUAAGAAAAAGCGGAGAAAAGACGUCAACCUUCCUCCAAUCAUAAACAUCCCAACAAAAGAGGACAGAUCAAGCGCAGGAGGUUCAUUUGAACCACAUUCCCUCUGGUUGACUCGGGAAAAAACGCAGGUGGAUGAGGCAAUAGCAAAAGUUUAUAAUGAUGAAGACAAGGAAGUUAUAACUCACAGAAAGGCAUAUCUCCAGCUUGAUUUACUCGGGCCCGGUGACGUAUUUGGAGUUGAUCAUUUACACGCAACACUGGCAUCAGAGGAACGCGGAGUUUCACUAAUGAGUGAUGGGGCAGAGAUCAUUCGUGUCAAUAAACGAUUCUUCCUACAGCACGCACAGAACAAUACUAUGUUGAAAGUUGAAACAAUGUACAAGGAAUACAUGAGUUUAGAUGACGCCCAGCGUGUAGUCUAUGACCAGGAGCGUUGGCAGCAAUACAAACUAGCUUUAAUGAACAAAAAGACAGCUCAAAAACCUAAAAACACAUCAGAUAGGUAGCCCUACACAAAAACCCCUCUAUGUGAGGGACACAUUACUGCAGAAUACAUCGUUCCGAUAACUUGCCAAAACCACAAUAUACAUCUACUCAGGGGACAACAUCAAGCGACAGGAUACAUUUUCCGAAUUGGACGCCCAAAAAACAGAAUAUAUUCUAUACAGAUACAAGACACUAUCAAUUGCAAUUGGAGAAUCGACCUUCUCAACAACGUCAAGAGGAUUUAUUGAAAUCUUACACGCUUAUCCGAACAGAAUAAGCAAGGGACAAAAUAAUAACAAUGCAACAGCUUAAGUACAGAAUAACUGUUUUUUGUAUUUAAUAAUGUUUUUCCAUUGUUAUGUUUCUCUUGGGUGCAUGAGACAAAAAACAAUGUCAAAACUUAAAGUUAGAUAGGUUUUGAAAUAUGCCAACGAUUUGUGUGCACAUGGCGACUCAUCAGAUCAAUACUUCAAUACUGCGCAUUAUAAGAUUAUGUUUUUAAAAUAUAAUAAUAGUAUAAAAAUAAAACUAUUUUUGUGAGGAAUUUAUUAGUUUUGUGACAAUUUUGUAAAAUACCAUUGAUAUGAAAUC